AUGGCCGAGCGGGGCCGCUUCGGCCUCCCCGGCGCGCCCGGCGCGCUCAACACGCCGGUGCCCAUGAACCUGUUCGCCACCUGGGAGGUGGACGGCUCCAGCCCCAACUGCGUGCCCAGGUUGUGCAGCCUGACCCUGAAGAAGCUGGUGGUCCUCCAGGAGCUGGAGAAGGAGCGCAUCUCCGUGGUGAUCGCUGUGAAGAUGCAGGGCUCCAAGCGGGUGCUGCGGUCUCACGAGAUUGUGCUGCCCCCCAGCGGACAAGUGGAGACCGACCUGGCCCUGACCUUCUCCCUGCAGUACCCACACUUCCUGAAGAGAGAGGGCAACAAGCUUCAGGUGCUGCUGCAGCGCAGAAAGCGCUACAAGAACCGUACCAUCCUGGGCUACAAGACGCUGGCCGCUGGCUCCAUCAACAUGGCCGAGGUGAUGCAACUGCCCUCGGAGGGUGGCCAGGUGCUCAGCCUCUGCAGCAGCGUCAAAGAGGCCCUGGGCAAGGUGGCCGAGGUCUGGAUUGUGUCCCUGUGCAGCCAGCCCAUCGACUACGAGGAUAGUGCCAUGCAGGCCGGCCCCAAGGCCAAGUCCACAGACAACUACUCUGAGGAAGAGGAUGACAGCUUUUCCUCGGAGCAGGAAGCCAGUGACGAUGCUGUGCAGGGCCAGGACUUGGAUGAGGAUGACUUCGACGUGGGCAAACCUAAACCGCCGCGGCGGACAGCAGUGAGAACGGCAUCCAUGACCAGGCAGCAGAACUUCAAGCAGAAGGUGGUGGCGCUGCUGCGAAGGUUUAAAGUCUCUGAUGAGGUCCUGGACUCUGAGCAGGACCCCACAGAACAUGUCCCCGAGGGGGAGGAAGACUUGGACCUUCUGUAUGACACACUGGACAUGGAGAACCCCAGCGACAGUGGCCCCGACAUGGAGGAUGAUGACAGUGUCCUUAGCACCCCCAAGCCAAAGCUCAGGCCGUACUUUGAGGGCAUGUCACACUCCAGCUCGCAGACCGAGGUGGGCAGCAUCCACAGUGGCAGGAGUCACAAGGAGCCCCCCAGCCCGGUUGACGUGCCUGAGAAGAGCUGCUCCCCAGGAGGCAAGCAACCCAGUGAAGGUGUCCCUGACCCCACGGCUCUUGGCAUGCCAGACCCUCGGGAGCAGCCGGGGCAGACAGAGCACAGCCCCGAGCCCGAGACGCCAACCCUAGAUGUGUUCACGGAGAAGCUGCCACCCUCCGGGAGGAUCACCAAGACCGAGUCACUCGUCAUCCCCUCCACCAGGUCGGAAGUGAAACACACAGGCCGCCGGGGCAGGAGCACGUCAUUGAAGGAGCGACAGCCAGCACGGCCACAGAGCGAGCGGGCCAACAGCUUGGACAGUGAACGCUGCCCAGACACGCGGAGCCAGCUGCAGGUGCAGCAUCAGAUCCCCAGGAAGACUGUGUAUGACCAGCUGAACCAUAUUCUAGUAUCUGACGACCAGCUCCCGGAGAACAUCAUCCUGGUCAACACCUCCGACUGGCAGGGGCAGUUCCUGUCGGACGUGCUGCGGAGGCACACGCUGCCCGUGGUGUGCACCUGUUCUGCCGCAGACGUGCAGGCUGCCUUCAGCACCAUCGUCUCGCGGAUCCAGCGAUACUGCAACUGCAACUCACAGCCCCCGACGCCUGUCAAGAUUGCAGUGGCGGGCGCGCAGCACUACCUCAGCGCUGUCCUGCGACUCUUCGUGGAACAGCUGACCCAUAAGACGCCCGACUGGCUGGGCUACAUGCGUUUUCUGGUCAUCCCCCUGGGCUCCCACCCUGUGGCCAGGUACCUAGGCUCUGUUGACCACCGCUACAACAACUUCUUCCAGGACCUGGCCUGGAGGGACCUGUUCAGCAAGCUGGAGGCCCAGGGUGCUGUGCAGGACACUCCAGACAUCGUGUCGCGCAUUACGCAGUACAUCUCUGGGGCCAACUGCGCCCACCAGCUGCCCAUCGCGGAGGCCAUGCUGACCUACAAGCAGAAGAGGAAAAAGCACUUUCAUUUUGACUUUGCCCUGAGCCCAGAUGAAGAGUCCUCUCAAAAGUUCAUUCCCUUUGUUGGGGUCGUGAAGGUUGGCAUAGUAGAGCCGUCCUCCGCCACCUCAGGCGACUCAGAUGAUGCAGCCCCCUCGGGCUCCGGCGUCCUGUCCUCAACCCCGCCGUCCACCUCUCCUGCUGCCAAGGAAGCCUCCCCAACACCCCCCUCCUCUCCGUCGGUGAGCGGGGGCCUGUCAUCUUCCAGCCAGGGCCUCGGCGCCGAGCUGAUGGGGCUGCAGGUGGACUACUGGACAGCAGCCCAGCCCGCAGACAGGAAGAGAGACGCUAAGGACCUGCCUUCCGCCAAAAGCACGCUCAAGUGCACCUUCCGGUCCCUGCAGGUCAGCAGGCUGCCCAGCAGCGGGGAGGCCGCAGCCACGCCCACUAUGUCCAUGACUGUGGUCACCAAGGAGAAGAACAAGAAGGUGAUGUUCUUGCCUAAGAAGACAAAGGACAAAGACUUGGAGUCCAAGAGCCAGUGCAUUGAGGGCAUCAGCCGGCUCAUUUGCACAGCCAAGCACCAGCAGAAUAUGCUGCGGGUGCUCAUCGACGGCGUAGAGUGCACCGAUGUCAAGUUUUUCCAGCUGGCUGCCCAGUGGUCCUCCCACGUGAAGCACUUCCCCAUCUGCAUCUUUGGACACUCCAAGGCCCCCUUCUAGCCCCACCCACCUGCUAGCCCCACCCCGGAAGCCCAGACAGACCCCUGGGGUUGUCCUCAGUCAGCCAGGCAGGGGAGGCAUGCUCUGGCCUUCCACAAGAGCUGAGCCUAUGUCCGCUUUUUUAGCCUAGGACAGAUGAGGCUCCUGGGCCAGAGGCGAGGUCAAGGGUGUGGCCGCUGCAAUUCCCAAUAAAUUCAGCUAGGCGGUGCAGGUCCUGCAGGAACUGCAGUUUCUAAUGCUUUUGGACACCUGCUCUAACGUGGCUGCCAAACACGCUGACCGUGGGGUACCCGUGGUCUGGACCAUACUUUCCCCCAGGAGCUCCCCGCCCCUACCGCCUUCCGGCCAUCCCCAGCCUGCCGCACUUGGACACGCUGCACCAGGCAAGUCCCAGAAUCCAACCUGGGGAGCAGUGAGGAGCCAGCUGUGCCCACUGGCGCCUACCCUCACUCCCUCCAGCAGGGACCCUCCAGGGCCAGCCAUGGACUCUUGAGUGGGUUUGGGCCCAUGACCAGGGGUGUGUGUGUGUGCAUGCGUGCGUGUGUGCACAGGACACAUGGGCUGCAACUGCAGGUACAGCUAGGGCAGUGCGGACAGAGCCUCCAGGCUGCUUGGGGCAGAGCUGGGACCCCCUCUGCCUUCCCACAUAGCACUCAAACUGUUCCCAUCUCUCACACAUACCUCCUGGAUCUCGUCCCCACAAGCCCACCUCCCACCGUGGGGGCUGGGGUCGGAAGACAGCAGUGCAGGCCCCACCCUCCCUGGCACCUACUAGCUGGCUCUUCUGCAUUGCGAGUGCUGGCUGCCUGGGACAGUCGUGACCUGGCAAGGCCCCUGAGCAGAGCCCCUUCCUCAGUUAACAAAAUGCCCUCCACGACCUGAGACCAGCAAGCUGGGUGCUCCCUGGAGGAUUGAGGUAUAGGCAGUGGACACUGGGCCCCCAUCCCUUGCUUCUGCACUGUUCUGGGGAAUCAGGUCACAGAAGGAGCACAUUGGGAACCCUGUGCUGGUCCCCCGAGCUGGACUGCCCACAGCACUCUGCCUACCUCACGCGGCAGCUGUGAGCCAACAGGGUGACUGACAGAACCGGGUGCAAGUGAGGAAGUUGCCAGGGCUUAGCCACCACUGCUACCUGCCACACCUCCCUCUCCCCCAGCCACUGGGCCUGUCCAGCUUCAUCUGUGUUGGUCCCCUUGCCACUGGGCCUCCGAGCCAGGCUCCUGGGUGAGCUCUCACUGCCCAGUAGCCAGCAGUGACCCCUGACCUUGGCCAGGCUUCCCUGAGCCCAGACCUGCAGGCCUGAUGUGCACCCUGGUGUCUGGGGUGUGAGUGUGGCUAGCGUGUGUGUGUGUGUGUGUGUGUUUUAAUGGAAUACAGGAUUAAUGUAAAUAGUUUUGGGGGAACAGACUAAUCUGUUAUGAAUGUGACCACAUGGACUACUUUACGGUGCUGACGCUACACUAAUAAACCCGGUGGGGCACUCCCGGAA